UCUCUCUCUCUCCCCCCUCAUUCCCCCCUCUCCCUCGUUCUCUCUUGUCAGUGAGUGUGGUGUGUGUGUAUAAAAGCCUCUCUCGCCAUGCUGUCACUUCACUCUGAGCUCUUCAUUGCAUCGCAUUAGGCAGGCGCAAGGGUUGAAGACAGGGGAGGGGAUACAACCAAUGGAGGUCCCUGCUAGGCAUUUCCUUUGACCUUCCCUCCCUUUGUGCCUCUGUCACCUCUCCUGCCCACUUUCCCCUCUUCUCCCAAUGUGUUGUACAUUCCCCUCCUGUCCUCCCCGUCCAUCCACUCAUUAAACGUGUCCGCUCAGCUUGGACGGUGGCUGCAUCGAUGCAAAAUGGGUUGUGGCAAUUCCUCAGCCACCAGCACCACAGGAGGGGGGCCAGCAGAAGUCUCCAAAGAUGUGACAGAAGAUCCCUCAGCAGAAGAUGAGAAAAGAAGGAACUAUGGUGGUGUGUAUGUAGGUCUGCCAGCAGACCUAACGACUGUGGCUGCCAGCCAGUCCAAAGCUACACGUAAAGACUAGCAACCAUUCAAGGAAACGCACAAGAGGAUCCUGCAUAUUAAUUCACGUACAAACAGUCACAUUACAAGCAAAGAGCAUGUAAGCCCUCUGAUUCUGCCCCACCACAGACUGAAUAAAGUCUCAGGCACUAGUACUCUACGAAGAUGUGGACGGCCUGCAGGGGCUGGGGGGAUGUUCCCUCACAGAGUAAUGGGUGGCAAAGUGAAACAGAGUUGCACAUCAGAGGCCUGCAAAGGGAUUGUAUCAUCGCCCUUUACUUUGCAAAUACUAGGAAAGCACUCAAUCUGGGACUAGCAGCUAUGGACAGCGGCACCGGUCUUAUCGACAGUCAUCUGGAUUUCUCGGUCAAUUCACUGGAAAUUUCUCUUUCUCAGGAGGAGACAGAUGAUCCAGCCAACUUACUAAAUAACUGGGUGGGGGCUGACACACUCCCAACAGCCCUCUGCAAUAAUAAUCACUGCUCAGUUAUUUCUCUAAAACGCCAUCAAUGAUUCAUUGUGUGGCAGGGAUAGAGUUAUAGAGAGACAGAGAUAAACCAGAGUUUCACUCACACACACACACACACACACACACACACACACAC